GUUUUCCAUCUGAAGAAAAGUCACGGGAUCGGAACUUCUCUUGUUCAGUGCAAUGUCCAGAAUCUCUACAGAGGGAGAGAAAGAGAGGCGCUGAAGAGAACUGAACGUUUAAGAGUCGGCAGUCUUCUCGAUCGGAGCAUUCGGCCUUCAAGGUUGAAUCAGCAAUCAAUUUCCCAGGAGAAGAAGUUGGACAACAUUCCCUUCCACGAGAAUGACAUUUUCCCGUGAUUGUGAAAAAACCUUUUGGCUCAGCGCGUUUAUUCUUCGAAGGCAGCACAAUCAUAAGGCGGAAUUGGCGAAGGGAUGAUCCACUUCUAGCUUUUGUGCAGAGAAGGAGGGCCAAAGGAAAUAGCAAACCUCCAUCCUUGAGCCAUCUCGGCAAUCAGUUGGGCAUACAAAAUGAGUGUGUUGAACUACUUGUCAAGUAUUGGCGACGGCAUCGACCACAGAGAUGGGACCGACAGAGAUAGUUAUAUUCAAAUAAAGGCACGUUUUGAAAACAAGCUGUCCGAAUGCCUCUGUGCUACGAAGAUGCGAAUGAAAGAAUGCGCCUACCAGUGAGGUUCGGAUCCUCGAGGUGCUGCUGAAGUCACGAGCUAAAAAGUAAACUUCGAGCAGCUGUGACAUAUACAACAGAAGUCAGUAGCACCAGCACCUCCGAGUGGAGCAUGCAUGGAUGAGUCGGCAUCGAGCGGCGCAUUGUAACCCAAUCCACCGCAAUUGCAAAAGAGUUCGGUCGUCUACUACACCAGUUGAGAACACGGUCGAUCCUCCGAUUCUUACUUAAUAUAAUGGCAAUUGUGGCCACCAAGCUGGAAAGUGGCUGGCCCCAUUUUUCAGGUUCUAAGCAGCGCAUCACCGAUGUCCACAACGAUGGCACGGUGGAGCUCGUCAGACACCUUGUGUCCACUCUGUGCAUGCAAUCUAUUGCUCGGGAAAGGAAUGCAAUCAAUCACAAUAAACUCAUAGUCCAGUUCGCUUUUCUCAGAUCUACUAGAUAA